GUAACAGAUCGUUGAAGUCUUCUUUGCCUGAAAGAAGAAGAAGAAGACGGUUUAUCUUCGCUCUUUGUGAUUCGAGUUUCUCUUGGAUGUCAAUCUAUUCACUUUCUGGACGGAGGAGACACUAAUUGAGGACAAAUCUUUAUCAUUUUGCACUUGUAAUGGAGAAAGAUGGAGAAGAUUGUUUUCUUUCUACAAGAUUUUAAUUUCGUUUGCAAUUUCUUGCAACCAGUUUCUGAAGCAAGAGCCUCAUGAAUUCCUGAGGACCAUGAAACAAG